AUGGGCUGCCUUUGUAAAUUUGAAGGGUCAAACCCUCACAAUUGGUCAGAAGUUUACAACAUGGGAAUAGGUAUGUCUAAUUCUGAGAAAAAGUCAACAAAAAACUCAGAAAUCUUUCAGGCUGCAAAUUGUGCCGUUGACAAAAUCACAAAAACACAGGACGAAAUUAAAACCAAGUUAAGAGAACUACAAGAUGUUAUGAAAGAACAACAGAAAAAUGUAGAUGCUUUAAAAAGUACUCAAGAUCAAGUGAAGGAUCAUUUUGAUAAAUUGGAUGGAGACAAAUAUGAGUGUGACAGGUGCCCUACACAACAGGGCUACCAAUGUGGAGCAAAUUGUGAUUGUACAAGCUGUAAAGAAAAUAGACAUCUAAAAGAACAACUUGAAAAGCUGAAAUCAGAAUCAGCAAAAAAAGAUCAAGAGCACACAAAACAAAAACAAAUGGAUGGAUCAGAAAUCAAGAAAUUAAAAGGCAAAGUUGAAAAAAAUGAGAGAGAAAUACAAAAUUUACGAGAUGAUGUAGAGAAACAAAGAACAGAGAAGAAUGAAAUAAAAAGCAAAAAUAUUGCUCUUGAAAAUGAAAAACGACGGUUGUUAGAGGAAAACUCUAAAAACAAACAACAAAUUCAAAGACAGAGCGACCACAUCGCCCAGAUGGAGAAAGAGUUACAUCAGGCAAAACAACAGAAAGUUGGUGUGUCACUAUACUGUGGGAGCCAGGCAACACUGACGGACGCUUCAGCUGAGUUAUCUCACAUGCUUUGUUCUCACUGGGAAGCUCUUGGGAUAGAGGCCAAGGUGGAUAAAUGUGAGGACCCCCGGACACAUCCACCCUCAUCUCCCCUCAUUGUCCUGUGUAUGAAUGCCUCCCGUCUUGGUACUGAUGUCAGCAAUGCCAUUCACAAUAUUCGAUGUGACCAUUCUGUAGCCGUUGUGAUUCUUCACCACAAAGAAAUCCAUGCCCUUCCAUCUCAACAGAGCGAGAAACUCCUGGUAGGAGGUCAAUAUCGUGAUCUGGGUGCAAUAGUAGACAUUGCCUUCCUCAAGUCCAAGGGCAUGUACCCGUGUGAUAUGAACGAACAUGCUUUAAACAAGUUAACUACAUUUAUUUCUUACUUUAUCAAGAAAGGUUAAAUGUCAAAUUUGAUUCCAUAUACCUUCAUGAAGGUCUAAGUUGAGAAUCAGUAUAUGAAACCAGUAUCAGAUGUGAAAAUCUAAGUUUACAAACUAUAAAAGGUUGCCCUUCUUGAAUAUCAGCAAUUAAGAAAGAAAUCGUAAUAACAAGACUUGGCUUAUAUAACAAAGCUUCUUAUAUAAAAUUUGCUACCGUUUAUUGUGUCAUGAUUGAUCAAAUAGUAUUUGCUAUCUGAA